UUGCAAUGACAAGAUUCACAGCAAACAAACUCAAGCUCAUUCCACUUUGUUACUAAGUCAUGCCUACUAAUUCCUCUCAACCAUUGUUAGUAGACACUCCGAAAAGAAAAUCCUCUCCUUCUAAAGCUCUCUAUGUUCUUCUCUCCUUAGCUGCUAUUGUGGGCUCAGUUGGAUUAGUUUCAAUCUGGGCCAUCAAUGGCAGUAGCCCAUCAACUUCCUUGACAGCCGAUGUUUGUGAUCAGGCCCAUGAUCAGCCAUCUUGCUUGACCAUGAUGUCUGAGGUUGCACCUGCUGGUUCAAUGAACUCAAAAACAGUGGAUUUGUUACAGAUGGUUUUGCAUAAAUCAUCGUUAAAAAUCCACGAGACGAUCGAUUUAGUGAGAAAUGUGAACAGUAGGAUUAAUAAUGACAAGGAGCAAGCAGCUCUAGCAGAUUGUCUAGAGUUAAUGGAUUUGUCAAGGGACAGAUUAAUGGACUCUAUGAUGUCACUUGGGAACCUAUCAUCCCAAGCCCAUUUUGAUGUCCAUACAUGGCUAAGUAGCAUUCUGACUAACCAUGUUACUUGCAAAGAUGGGCUAAAUGCUCAGGCCCAGUCCAUUAUGAAGCCCAUGUUGAAGGAUUUGAUAGCAAGGGCAAAGACUUCCUUAGCCUUGAUGGUUAAAAUGGCACCAUCCAAUACCAUGGAUCUUCCAUCAGUUACUGAUGGAAUGCCCUCAUGGGUUACUUCUAAUGAUAGAAGGCUUUUGCAACUUUCUGCAAAUGCCAUAACAGCCAAUGUUGUAGUGGCUAAAGAUGGUAGCGGAAAAUUCAAGACUGUAAAGGAAGCAGUUGCAUCUGCUCCAGAUAAUGGCAAGACUCGUUAUGUUAUAUAUGUGAAAAAAGGAAUAUACAAAGAGAAUGUUGAGAUUGGGAAAAAGAAGAAAAAUGUGAUGCUUGUUGGUGAUGGUAUGGAUACUACUAUUAUCACUGGCAACUUGAAUGUUGUCGAUGGUGCAACAACCUUCAACUCUGCAACCGUUGCUGCUGUUGGGGAUGGAUUCAUAGCCCAAGAUCUGCAGUUUCAAAACACGGCAGGACCAGCAAAACACCAAGCAGUGGCGCUUCGUGUAGGAGCAGAUCAAUCAGUCAUCAAUCGUUGCAUAAUAGAUGCAUUCCAAGACACCCUCUACACUCACAGCCUUCGUCAAUUCUAUAGAGAUUGUUACAUCGCUGGCACUGUUGAUUUCAUCUUUGGUAAUGCUGCAGUUGUGUUCCAAAACUCAAAAAUCGCAGCACGAAAGCCCGGGAGUGGACAAAAGAACAUGGUUACAGCUCAAGGUCGUGAAGAUCCAAACCAAAAUACAGGAACUUCAAUCCAAAAUUGUGACAUUAUUGCUAGCUCAGACCUUGCACCAGUGAAAGGGUCGGUUAAGACAUAUUUGGGCCGUCCAUGGAAAGCGUACUCACGAACUGUAUUUAUGCAGUCCAAUAUUGGAGACCAUAUUGACCCAGAAGGUUGGUCAAUUUUCCCUAUGGCAUUUGGGGUAGCGGAUUCAGAGAAUAACGAAUCAUAUGAAUGGUACUUCAGAGAAUUAAGAAAAGCAAUUGGCAUUCGUAAAGAUUUAAUAUUUUUGUCAGAUCGAUACAAGGCCAUUGCAAAUGGAAUUGCAAAUGUUUUCCCUGAGUGCUACCAUGAAUCUGAUGACCUUAUGUCCCAAAUAGCUGUUGUUGAUAAGAAAACAUUCGACUAUUUGAUGGAGGAACCACCAGGAAGAUGGGCUCGUUCACAUUGUCCAAGACGACGAUAUGAUAUGCUAACAAAAAAUAUUGUUGAGUCAAUGAAUAAUGUUUUGAGACGUGCAAGAGAAUUGCCACUUUUAAUAAUGAUGGAUUUUAUACAAGAAAAAUUACAAAUCUGGUUCUAUGACAGAAGGACAUCAACAGAAGGAAUAUUCCGUGAAUUAUCAAAUUGGGUAGAAGCAACAUUAGAAGACAAAAUUAAACCAGCUUUUACAUUUAGAGUAUUGCCCAUUGAUCGACUCAAAUUCAAAGUCAAAUAA